AUGAAUGCCUUUGUGAAUAAGUCAAUAUUAGCAUUUCUUAAAGAAUAUUAUAGUGAAGACAUUCAUAUAAUUGAUAAUAGAUAUCAGCCUCGUGUGAAUGAGAUAGUUGAAAUUCUUUAUGAUCUGAAUAGUGGAGCUAAAGCUAUAAGAAUAGGAUAUGACCUUUUGAAGCAAGGAAAACAUGUGGCAUUUGUAUUUACUAGAGCUGUAAUGGCUAGAGCAUUAAUAGAAAAAGCAUCUAAGUUAUAUAAACCUGAUAAUUCACCUGUUAGAACCCAUGCAUAUUAUGGAAAUAUGGAUGGGAAGCAAAGACAAAAAGACUUUUCCAAUAUUAAUGAUACCUGGGGCAAACUUGACUGCAUAGCUUAUACAAAUACAGUGGAAGCAGGUAUAUCUUUUGAAAUUACAGACCACUUCGAUAUAAUUAUAGCUAUUACAAAUAUUGACACUCCAGUUCAUGUUAAAGCUCUUACAUAA